AUGGAUUUCCCGGCACAUAUUAUGGACUUAAACCCCGCGCGUCACGGCAGGACACACACCUCCAUGCUUCCCCCUCCACCCACGGCCACCUCAAGACCAUUACAGACCAUGACAUCUCCACACCCCCCACCAUUACACACUUCCCCCUCCAACCAUGGCCACCUCAAGACCACUACGGACCAUGACAUCUCCACAUGCCCCCCAUCACACACUUCCCCCUCCACCCAUGGCCACCUCAAGACCACUACGGACCAUGACAUCUCCACAUGCCCCCCAUCACACACUUCCCCCUCCAACCAUGGCCACCUCAAGACCACUACGGACCAUGACAUCUCCACACGCCCCCCACCUCACACUUCCCCCUCCACCCAUGGCCACCUCAAGACCACUACAGACCAUGACAUCUCCACACGCCCCCCAUCACACACUUCCCCCUCCACCCAUGGCCACCUCAAGACCACUACGGACCAUGACAUCUCCACAUGCCCCCCAUCACACACUUCACCCUCCACCCAUGGCCACCUCAAGACCACUACAGACCAUGACAUCUCCACACACCCCCACCAUCACACACUUCCCCCUCCACCCAUGGCCACCUCAAGACCACUACAGACCAUGACAUCUCCACACGCCCCCACCAUCACACACUUCCCCCUCCACCCAUGGCCACCUCAAGACCACUACAGACCAUGA